UGGCGGCCAGUGGCGCGGGACGCGCUUUUGGCCCGGGCCUUCCAUUCGUGCACCGAACUGCGGGGACGGUUCUAUCUGGUAGGGGGUCUCCUAGCAGGAGGGGCGAGAGAGCCCAGCAGCGAUACGGUGGUCUUCGACCCGGCCGAGGGCCAGGCCGUGCGACUGGGCGCCCGGGGCAGUCCCCCACGCAGUCACCACGACGCGGCAUCCGUGGGCGGGCGCUGGCUGUGUGUGGUGGGCGGCUGGGACGGGUCGCGCCGCCUGGCCACGGUGACCGCUCUGGACACGGAGCGCGGAGUGUGGGAGGCGUGGACAGCGACGCCUGGCAGCUGCCCUCCUGCCGGCCUCAGUAGUCACACCUGCACCCGCCUCUCCGACCGAGAAUUGCGGGUGGCCUGCCGGGAGGGCGGUGUCCGCACUCAGCGUCGCUAUGGCAGCAUCUACACGCUAAGGCUGGACCCCAGCGCCCGCACCUAUUGCUACAAGGAGGAGGCCUGCCACACAGCCUCCCGCUCAGGUCACUGUGCUGCCCUGCUCCAAACACCUGGGCCCCACCCAGGUCACCAGCUGUUGCUCUUUGGGGGCUGCAACUCAGCUGAACCAGAAGUAGCUGGGCAUUGGAGCCAGGGGAAGAUGAAGGAGGAACCACCUGUUGCUCCUCAUUUGAUGGAACAGCUGGCAAGGCUUGUGAGCAGUGGGCAGGGGUCUCGGAAGGGGCCCCACGGACUACGCCAUCACUCGUGUUCUGUGGUGGGGCCCUUUGCUGUGCUGUUUGGUGGAGAAACUCUGACCAGAGCCAGAGACACCAUCUGUAAUGACCUCUACAUCUAUGAUACCCGCAAGUCUCCUGAUCUGUGGUUCCACUUCCCCUGUGCAGACCGUGGGCUGAAACGUGUGGGCCAUCGAACCUGCCUUUGGAAUGAUCAGCUUUACCUGGUUGGGGGUUUUGGUGAGGAUGGCAGGACGGCUAGUCCACAGGUUUGCAUUCUGGACCUCUUUAUCUAAAGAACAGUGCCAAGACACACCACCAAGCCUGUUUUAUUGCAUACUCAUAAGCAUUCUCACCAGAGCUAUCUCCUUCACCUCAAAUGCAUAUUAAAUUUCAAUCUGAGUGUCA